GCAAAAGAAAACUCUCACAGAAAGUGAGAAAAAUAAGCACACACUGCAUCACCAAUCUCAUGUGCAAGCAAAAAAACCUAACGGUCAUAGCUUUUCGUUGAUUCAAUCUUCUGGUCUUCAAUUUCAUCACAUUCAAUCGAAUUCCCCAUCUUAUUGAUCAUCACCAACCUUGGAGUGCUCAAUUUGUUGGUGAUGGGGUUGGUAUUUAUUUGAAUUGAAUUGAAUUGCGUUUUGUUAUUCACAAUUCAGAGAGGAUUGGAGAUUAGCAUGGCGAUGGCGAUGCCCAAGCCGAAUCAGGUGACAGUGAGAGACCUCAUCGAGGAAGCUAAGAAAAGGAUUGUCAUCCUGGUCGUUUGCGUUGUCGGACUCUCUUAUCUCAUGUCCUUGACAAGCUCCUCGGUUUGGGUGAACUUGCCAGCUGCGGCCUCCUUAAUUAUCAUUCUCCGCUAUUUGUCACUAGAUUUUGAAGCGAAGAGAAAAGCAGCAGUGUACAACAAUAAAGCAGGCUCCACCAGUGUUCAGUCUUCAAAGAAACCUAUUGAAAAUCCUAAAGUUGUUGCAAAGUUUGAUUGGAGAGAAAAAGUGAGUUCUCCUGUUGUCGAGGAUGCAAUUGAUCACUUCACUAGACAUCUAGUUUCUGAGUGGGUGACAGAUCUGUGGUACUCUCGCUUAACACCAGACAGAGAGGGUCCCGAGGAGUUAGUGCAAAUAAUUAAUGGUGUUCUUGGCGAAAUUUCAGGACGCAUGAGAAAUAUAAAUCUGAUUGAUUUUUUGAUAAGGGAUCUUAUUAAUCUCAUUUGUACACACUUGGAGCUAUUUCGUGCUGCUCACUCAAAGAUUGAAAAACAACGUACAGGUUCAUUAACAAUUGAAGAUCAAGAUACUGAACUAAAAAUUGUCUUGGCCACCGAGAACAAAUUGCAUCCUGCUUUAUUUUCUGCUGAAGCUGAGCAUAAGGUUUUGCAGCAUCUGAUGAAUGGUCUUAUGUCUGUCACGUUCAAGUCUGAGGAUUUGAAGUGUUCUUUCUUUCGGUAUAUUGCCAGGGAGCUUCUUGCAUGUGCUGUAAUGCGACCUGUCCUAAACUUAGCCAAUCCAAGAUUUAUAAAUGAAAGAAUUGAAUCUGUAGUAGUUAAUAAGGCCAACCUUAAGAAGGGGGCAGCUACAGCUCAAGAGGUAUCUCACGCUAAAGCAGAUGAGUUACAGACUUCGUCUGACCAUUUUUCCGACUGUUUAGAUCCUUCUGCUACUGGUGUUGAGCUUGUGCAGCUAAGAAAUGGUCCACCCAGAAAUGCAGAGAAACCUGCAAAAAAUAAUACCCAUGAUAAAGAUCCAUUGCUUUCAGUUGAUGCUCGAUCUUCCCGUUCAUGGAACUCAUUGCCUGUAAACUCCCAAACUAAUGAUGACCAAGGUAUUCAACGGCAUCGUUCAGGAGGAGAGUGGGGAGAUAUCUUAGAUGUCAUCUCUCGCAGAAAGACCCAAACCCUUGCUCCAGAACAUUUUGAGAACAUGUGGACAAAGGGGAAAAAUUACCAGAAAAAUGAUGGCGAGAACCAGUCCAAUGAGCAAGACCCACGGCAUCCUGUGGUAGGAAAAUUGCCGAAGGUAGAUCAUAUGAAGGCGAUAUCUGGACCCAAAGAAAAAAACACUAAAUCCAAGCUUAAUCCCUCUAAGGGAGACCACAUUAAUUCUGGAUACAACAGUCAAUUCACUGCUGAAAAUGCACCCUUUCAUGCAGACAAGAAUGGAUCAACUAUUUCUUCCUCGUAUAAAGAUGAGCACAACCACAUGCAUAUGCAGACGAGUGAAUCAGGGAGCGAUACUUCUUAUACUUCUGAAGAUGAUGAAACUAGUAAUGUCACUGGUCUUGAUGCCCCUGGAACUAUGGUUUGGGAUGGAAGAAGUAACAGAAACCAGGCUGUUUCUUAUGUUCAUCACCCACUUGAAAAUUUUGAUAAUCACAGUACAAAGAAGAGGAAUAAGAGCCAUUCUCGCUAUCCAAGAUUAUCCAGAACCCAAUCUGGCAGUAAAAGGUCUAGGUCAAGCGGUCAUAAAGUACAUAUGUGGCAGGAACUUGAGAGAACAAGCUUUUUAUCUGGAGAUGGUCAAGACAUACUUAGUUCUUCAAAAUCACAUGUAAACUCUGAUGAGUCCAGUGAUGAUGCUUAUAUUGAAAGUUUGGGUAGAAUUUAUAGUGGAGCAGCUGCCUCUUCUUCUGCAUAUUCUAUUUCUAAAUCAGAACUGAAAAGCUCCUCGGCCGUAGAUUCCUUUUACAAGUUGAGAUGUGAGGUCUUAGGUGCAAAUAUUGUGAAGAGUGGCUCAAGAACAUUUGCUGUUUACUCCAUAUCCGUUACAGAUGUAAAUAAUAACAGUUGGUCAAUUAAAAGAAGGUUUCGUCAUUUUGAGGAGCUACAUCGGCGCCUGAAAGAGUUCCCUGAGUAUAAUCUUCAUUUGCCACCAAAACAUUUUCUUUCAACCGGUUUAGAUGUUCUAGUCAUUCAAGAGCGCUGUGAAUUGUUGGAUAAAUAUUUGAAGAAACUUAUGCAGCUACCAACAGUUUCAGAAUCAAUUGAAGUAUGGGACUUUCUGAGUGUUGACUCUCAGACGUACAUAUUCUCAAAUUCUUUUUCUAUCAUGGAAACACUACCAGUUGGCUUGGAUGCUAAACCAUCUGAGAACACUAGUUGCACUUCCAAUUUUUCUACACAUUCAAGUGACACUUUUGCCCCUCGGAGAGAGAACUGUAGUGCUGAAAGUAAAGAGGCUGUUUUGCGAACAAGAAAUAAUGUUGUGGCCGAUGGAUUGAAGUUGAAAGUAAAUGGCAGCGUGCCUCUUUCUCUACCAAAAAAGAAUACACAGGAACCUAGAAAGUCACUUGACAAUUCUGACAACAAUAAUGCAUGGAAGAAUGCACCUUCUCCCAAUAACUUGCAGAAGACAGUGAAAAGAAGAGAUAGUCCAGAUGAGGUUUCUGAUGUGCGCCUUGAUACUUCUGAUACUCUUCCUACAGAGUGGGUGCCACCAAAUUUGAGUGUACCCAUAUUGGAUCUGGUUGAUGUUAUCUUCCAGGUUCAAGAUGGUGGAUGGAUGAGGCGGAAGGCCUUUUGGGUUGCCAAACAAGUCCUACAACUAGGAAUGGGUGAUGCCUUUGAUGAUUGGUUGAUAGAGAAAAUUCAGCUUCUCCGUAAGGGAUCAGUGAUUGCUUCAGGAAUCGGGCGGGUAGAGCAAAUCCUAUGGCCUGAUGGAAUAUUCAUAACCAAGCAUCCAAAACGACGACCACCACCACCUACCAGUCCAUCUCAGAAGUCACCUCAUGGGCAUCAACCUACACAAGUAUCUUCUCCGAGGAUGGAUGAUGAGCAGCAACAGGAGGCAGAUCAGCGUGCAAAGUUUGUAUAUGAGUUGAUGAUUGAUCAUGCACCACCAGCAAUUGUAGGUCUUGUUGGUCGGAAGGAGUAUGAGCAAUGUGCUAGGGAUCUAUAUUUUUUUCUUCAGUCAUCUGUUUGCUUGAAGCAGCUGGCUUUUGACCUCCUGGAGCUGCUGCUUAUGUCAGCAUUCCCAGAACUUGACGAUGUAUUCAAACAGCUGCAUGAAGAAAAGCAUAAAUUUGGUGAGUUCAGAACAAAGUGACUUAUAAUUUUCAGCUGAGCUACGAAGAUACAAUGGUAUGGAUGUUAUGUCUUCCAAGAUACAUUUUUGUGUUGUGAUUGUUCCUGGUUGCCUUUUUUGUCUCUGCAACUGGCAUCCUUCUUUUCUGCCUGCUAAUGAGUUGAAGGCAAUUCAAUUUUUCCAUCUACCAAAUUUGGUUUCGUAAUUCAGUUUGGCGUCUUGCGGCAUCCAUUUGUAAAUUUUGAGAUUAAUGCAAUUAUUUUAAGAUUAUUUUCUUGUUAAAAUCUUUUCAAGCAAACUGCUGUCUACUGGAGAUAACUUUGCCUGACUGCGGGGUUGCUCUUGACAGUGAUCAUAGUGAGAAAGCACUCAUUAACCAUUGGGACUUAUAGUACUGAAAGCUUCUGGUUUGGUUUCGCAACAAAACUAACAUUCAUUCUAAAAUUCAGAUUUUCUGUUGUUUCUUCCUUGCAAAGCAUUAUUAAUUUUUUCCCCAUC